AUGCCCACCCAACCACCCACCCUCCUAACCCGCACCGCCCUCGCCAUCACCGGCCUCCUCGGCCCCUGGUCCUUCAUGCUGCUCUCCCUCUCCUACCUGCCCCCCACCAUCCUCCGCCUGCUCCAAGCCCAGCAGCCCCUCACCACCACUCUCCUCAGCCCCGCCCGCCUCCAAGAACUCUGGUUCAGCGAGUUCUGGAGCCGCGCCGCCGGGCCCGGGGUGCGCGGGGGGGCCGGGGACAAGGUUGUCCCGCUCCUGCAGGGGCGGACGAGCGGGGGAGCCGUUGUCGUUGAGGAGGAGGGAGGGGGGAAGGGGAAGGGGAAGGGGAUCGGGGGCGUGGUGCUGGAGGUGGGUGCGGGCGCGGGGCUGUGGGUUGACGUUUACAAAGCUGUUGGGUGUCGGAUUCAGGGGGUAGACGACGACGAUGACUACGACGACGACGACGGCGAUAAUGAGGAGGAGGAGGAGGAGGGGGUGAGGAAGCGGAAGACGACCGGAGCAGCAGCAGCAGCAACAAGCGGCCGCAUAACCCGCAUCUACGGCGUCGAGCCCUCGCCCGGGCAGCACGCGCACCUGGCGCGCGCGAUCGCCACCGCGGGCAUGGAGGCCGUGUACCGCGUCGCGCCGGUGGGCAUCGAGGAUCUCGCCGACGGCACGAAGUGGGACGGGCGCGUGGAAAAGGGGUCCGUCGACUGCGUCGUCACCAUCCUGUGCCUGUGCUCCAUCCCCGAGCCGGAGCGGUGCGCCCGGGAGCUGUACGGGUAUCUGAAGAAGGGCGGCAGGUGGUAUGUGUAUGAGCAUGUGCGCUGCGGGCAUAGCUGGUACAUGCGGGCGUAUCAGCGCUUCGUAAACCUCUUCUGGCCCUUCUUCCUCGGCGGCUGCCAGCUGACGCGGCCCACGGAAGCCACCAUCCGCGCCGCCGGCCCCUGGGCCGAGAUCGACGUCGGACAGCCCGUUGCCGAGCCGUGGUUUCAGGUUGUCCCGCAUGUUAUGGGGGUCUUUACGAAAUAG